AUGAAGGAGGUGGACCUGGAAACCCGCACAACGAAGGAAGGCCGUGUCGAAACCCUGGUAAUCUGUGCUAUCGAGAAGGAUGGCAGGAUCGUUAAGGAGCUAACGCUCGCUUUCCCAGACCAGUCCAAGGCCAGCACAUUUGUAAACUGCGUCACACUGUUCUCUCUAGCUUUGCGAAGGAAGCAAGAUUGA